AUGGCAGGCAAUGAUGUAUCCACUUCAUUAGAUGUAGCAGUAGGAGCAUUAAUAACAACAGGAGAAGCACUUGAGGGUAAAAUAGUUGCAGAAAGGUACUACUCAGCAUCUGCAAAUGAAUUGGUGCGGAUUAAUGGGAUAACCAAGUCGUCGGUGGCAAACCAACUUGGGGAAUCCAUAGCAGGAGCGAUGACUAUUAGAGCUUUCGAUGAGGAAGACAGAUUCUUUGCGGAGAGUCUCAGUCUCAUCGACAAAAAUGCUAGUCCUUCAUUUCACAUUUUCUCCACCAAUCUGUGGCUUUUACAACGCCUGGAAACUCUAAGUGCGACUGUGCUUGCUUGCUCAGCACUUGUGAUGGUGUUGCUUCCCCAGGGAACCUUUACUUCGGGGUUUGUUGGAAUGGCGCUGUCUUAUGGUCUCUCAUUGAGCAUGUCCCUUAGUUCUUCCGUCAAAAAUCAGUGUACUCUAGCAAAUGACAUUGUUUCCGUUGAACGGCUAAACCAGUACGUGAACAUUCCUAGCGAAGCCUCACAAAUCAUUAAAGGGAAUCGGCCGAAACCCGAUUGGCCUACUGCAGGUAGAGUGGAGAUUCGCGAUUUGAAGGCUUUAUUAGAGAGGUACAGGGCCGAUACUCCGCUUGUUCUUCAAGGGAUUACUUGCACAUUUGAAGGAGGGCACAAGAUUGGGAUUGUUGGCAGGACUGGCAGCGGAAAAACAACACUAAUAGCAGCAUUGUUUCGCUUGGUAGAGCCAGUAGGCGGGAGAAUCAUCAUAGAUGGCGUCGACAUCUCCAAUAUCGGACUACACGACCUGAGAUCACGUUUAGGGAUCAUACCUCAAGAACCUACUCUUUUUAGUGGGACGGUGAGAUACAAUUUGGAUCCCUUAGGCCAAUACACGGACCAUGAAAUUUGGGAGGUUGUGAGUAAAUGUCAACUUCUUGAGGCUGUGAAAAAUAAAGGCGAGGGCCUGGAAAGUCUAGUUGCACAAGAUGGCGGUAACUGGAGCAUGGGACAGAGGCAACUAUUCUGUUUAGGCCGAGCUUUGUUGAGGAAAAGUCAGAUUUUGGUUCUUGAUGAAGCCACAGCUUCAAUUGACAAUGCAACAGAUUACAUUCUACAGAAAAUCAUAAGAACAGAAUUUGCAAAAUGUACAGUAAUCACAGUAGCUCAUAGAAUCCCUACCGUGAUGGACAGAAAAAUUGUAGAAUAUGACGAACCCUUAAAGUUAAUGAAGGAGGAAGGAUCGCUGUUUGGGCAACUUGUCCACGAAUAUUGGUCUAACAGUCAUUCUUCUGUAUACGAAACCAAUUCUAGCUAG